ACUCGCUUAGCCACCUUGCUAGUAGCCGACAGCGACUCCAACCCCGCCGUGUGCACAAGGCGGAGCCGCUUCCUGACGUCGCCUCCGCGGACUAAACCCGUCGGUAUGUGACAUCUUUCUGCCUCCACGUGCCGCUCUCAGCGACGUCACGCAUUAGCCAGCCUAGCUCCCCGCGGUAAAGUUAGCCCACGUCCACCGGCAGUCGGUGCACAGUCAACACCAAUGUGUCCAGAGUGACAUCUCUAGCGGUAGCCACGUGCGUUUGUCGUCGCGCGCAACACAACAACGAGUGAUGCGGAACGUUAGUUCUUGAUGACGUCAGCCAGGAGAGCUCGGUAUAGGUGGCUCAGGUAAGUGGUGUGACCAUUAGCAGAGCUGCCCCCGAGCUACACGCGUCCAACACCGGACACCGUGCGUUGCUGCGGGGCGCGCACACGUUCACCUCCACUCAGGUUGCUGUGUCGCUCGGUGGGUCUUUGCCAAGAAGUUUCCACAUGCUUUGUACCCAAGGUGCCAGGAAACUAAUGGGAGGAGAAGCAGAGCAGAGGCAGGCCUCUGGCCUUGUGAAGAGGAGGAAGUCCAAGGAAAAAACCGAAGAGAGCGAGAAGGAACUGGAAGGCGAGGGCAGGGGCAUGCAGGUCCCUCUGCAUCGCUGGGUAAUGCACGGGGCGGUGAUGUUUGGACGUGAGUUCUGCUACGCCAUGGAGACCGCCCUGGUGACGCCAGUGCUGCUGCAGAUAGGUCUUCCUGAGCAAUAUUACAGUUUAACUUGGUUCCUCAGUCCUAUCCUGGGCCUCCUCUUUACACCUUUGAUCGGCUCGGCCAGUGACCGCUGCUCUCUGCCAUGGGGCCGGAGACGACCAUUCAUUCUGGCCCUGUGUGUCGGUGUGCUGCUGGGUGUGGCGCUGUUCUUGAAUGGGUCACAGAUAGGCCUUUCCGUUGGCGACACUCCCAGCAGCCAGCCAAUUGGCAUCGUCCUUACGGUCGUGGGUGUGGUGGUGCUGGACUUCAGUGCUGAUGCCUCUGAGGGACCAAUCCGAGCUUACCUUCUUGAUGUUGCUGACACUGACGAGCAAGACAUGGCCUUGAAUAUUCAUGCAUUCUCCGCUGGGCUCGGCGGCGCAGUGGGCUACAUGCUGGGUGGUCUUGACUGGACCGACACAGCUCUAGGCCAAGCGUUUAAAUCCCAGGAACAGGUCCUCUUCUUGUUUGCAGGCUUCAUCUUCAUUAUCUCAGUCACGCUGCACAUGUUCAGUAUCCCUGAGCAACCUUUCGCUCCUUCCAGCCAUCUUAAAGAUAAGGCCGGCAGGGAGUCCACCAGCCAGUUGUCUCUCAGGCCCAUUGGCCACACGCCACAUUUUCUUGAUGCGAUUGCAGAGGAGGACGCUUCAGCUCGAGCCCCCUCCAGAGAGGACAACAAAUCCGAUUCUGAGGAAGGAGAAAUGGACUUCUUUGUCGUGGAUCGCGUGCGGAGUAAAAGCGAUUCAAUCUUGGCUAUGCCGGCUGCGACAAUCGAGUUGGAUUCUGACCUCGACCCAGACAUGCAACUUUUCCUGCCACACUUUCAACACUUUCGACCAGAGACAGACGGAGAGCUAGAAGAUGUUUUCAAGCCAUCAAACCACAGUAUUGGGUCCUCGUCUCUUUCUGGAGCACAACCCGCCCUUUCUGAUGGUAUGAUGGUUUUAGAGCAUACAAAUCCAGACAGGCCUGUGCUCAGGGGUCCAACAAACGGCCCUCCUUCUCUGCUUCAGAUCACUUCAGGUUUAGAGGACUCUCAUUGGAAAACCUGUGUGAAAUCAGCUGUUGUGAAGCAUGUCAAGUCCGACAAUUGUGCCGAUGCUGCCUUGUCAUCUUCUGAUGACUGCAGUGCCAUGGAAGGCCACGCCGCCACCGUGUUGCCAUGCCGCCUCUCCAACACCUCACCACGGCCACACCCACACAUCUUCUACAGACAGCCCUCCUUCACUGUCUCCUACUGCGGACGAGUGGGGUCUCGGCGCUUUCGACUGCGAAAAACAUCCCUGUGGAGCCCUCGGCCAAUUACCACCUCCUGCAGUCUGAAUGACCUGAGUGACCUCCAGCAGCAUCCAGACCGGCGGCAGUUGCAGUUGUCAGCUAGCAGUCUGUCAUCCGAGGGCUCCAGCAGCGAGCGUGGACCAGACGAGGGCACGACUGUCCGGCUGCUCUGGCUGUCCAUGUUUAAGAUGCCACGACAGCUGUGGACUUUGUGUGUGUGUCACCUCCUCACAUGGUUCUCCAUUAUAGCUGAAGCUGUGUUUUACACUGACUUCAUGGGGCAGGUCAUCUACCACGGAGACCCCACGGCUCCAUCCAAUUCCACAGAGCUGCUGAACUAUCACAGAGGCGUACAGAUGGGCUGCUGGGGCCUGGUGGUCUAUGCCACUACUGCUGCUGUCUGCUCUGCAAUCCUACAGAAGUACCUGGACAACUUUGAUCUGAGCAUUAAGAUUGUCUACAUUGUUGGAACGUUGGGAUUCUCAAUAGGAACCGCUGUCAUGGCAAUCUUCCCUAACGUGUAUGUGACCAUGGUCAUGAUCAGUAGCAUGGGCAUCAUCUCCUUGAGUAUCUCCUACUGUCCCUACGCAUUACUCGGGCAGUACCAUGAAAUCAAAGAGUACGUUCACCACAGUCCAGCAAACACUCAACGGGGUUUUGGUAUUGAUUGCGCUAUCUUGUCCUGCCAGGUCUACAUCAGCCAGAUUCUGGUUGCUUCGGCCCUUGGAGCUGUGGUGGAGGCAGUUGGCAGUGUGCGUGUCAUUCCUGCAGUGGCCUCUGGAGGCGCCUUCCUUGGAUUCCUAACUGCCUGCUUCCUGGUCAUUUACCCUGAUGAGGCACCCAGCAGCUCUGAGCAGGACCUGGGCCUGGUGGCUGUACCUGGAGAUGCAGACCCACAUGAAGGAAGGACCAGGGACCAGAGGUUGGCUCUGCUGAACCUCCCAGAUGGAGACACUUUGAAGAAGAGAGACAAUCACUCUGUUGUCUGAGUGUGUGUGUGAAGACUUGUGUAGGUUUCUUCACACUAAGCACGCACACAAACAUGUGUGGAUUAAACCAAAUGUCUGUGCCUUUCUGAAGGAGGAAAGGUGGCACGAAGUUCUACAUGUUCCUAUUUUAUUACUUUUUUAUUGCUACCUCAACCCCAAAACAAGUAACUGUUUAGAUGGCUGGAUGGAGCCGUUGACACAAAGAGCCACAUGAUCGAGACUGUUCAAACUGAUUUAGCUCAGACUACUAAUGCAAAUGUCCGCCUUUAUUGUGCAAAUGGGAAGCACACAGAGCACUUUGUCUCACUCCUGAACAGUAUUGUUACAUUGAUGUGCAGAAUGACGUAAUGCGUGACUUUCUUCUUCACAUAACUACUUGAUGGACAAUCAUAAUGCUGUAAAAUGUUGUCCUUCUGCAUGACAUGUUGACUGAACGCUGUUAAUUUGAUUGUUCUACAAAAUUCCAGACAGUUUCCAUUUGUUGCAGACAUAACCAUUUCAUACACUUUUUAAAAUUAAAUUGUUUGUCUGAACAUGUCACAUAGCAAGCUAGUGCAGGUUGUUUUUUUUAAAGGCCAAAUUCCCCUAACAUGCCAUGAUGCACAAAAGUUAUAUCAUAAUGUAGUUAAUUAUGCCAGAAGCUGUGUUUGAGUCAGUGGAUGGAUCUGUUCUCCAUGUUGCUUUUAUUAAAAAUGAUAACCAUA